CAAUAUUCAUCUUCUGCCAUCAAACCAGCAACGCUGUCUCAAUACAACAAAGCUCGUGGCCAAACGAGAUGUGGGAACAUGCUCUGCACGCCUCAAAAAGUGUGGAUUUUUCCAUGAAAGCAAAGCACCAUGGGCAGCAAUGAGUCUCCUUUGAGCAGGCCUUUUACACUUGAUUAUGCACAACCACGUCCCAAGCUGCGACAGGCUACCCUCAUCUUACCGAAAACUGGCGAGCGCAUAAAGAAAGCAUUCACACUGCGCAGCGUGCGCACGCUUUCUCCCAAUGGCAAUGACAACGGUAAUGGAGGCGAACAAGAGCCGCUACUCACUCGUUCAUCAAGUUUCCGGCCUUCGAAGCCUCGUAAUGCGUCUUUUGAGCUAAUUGAAGGCAUACUAAAACAUCAAUACGAAUUCUGGACAUCCAACACGGGCAUUGGGGUUUUUAAGUGCUCGCUAGCCUACACACUGGGUAGCCUUGCAACCUUCGUGGCACCCAUUUCAGGUUUGCUGGGGCGUAAUGACGGAAAACAUAUGGUUGCUACCGUAACCGUAUAUUUCCAUUCAGCAAGAAGUGCAGGAAGCAUGGCAGAAGCAACCGUGAUGGCGAUGAUCGCCUUUGCAUAUGCAGCGUUCGUCUCCUUCUCCAGUAUGGCUGUGUCCAUUUUUUUCCGCCGCCAGGGCCUUCUGGAACUUGGUCAUGCAGUUGUUCUUGUGUUUUUUUGUGGCGGAGGGUUGGGUUUGGUUGGAUGGACCAAGCAACGACUUGGAAACCCGCUGGUUAACGUUGCCUGCUCUCUAACUUCUCUUGCGAUAAUUACCGUAUUGACAAAAGAAGGUGCUGUCCAAGAAGGACGUUUCUCAUACAUCAAGGUGCUCCAGGUCUUGAAGAUGAUAGGAAUGGGGAUGUUUGCCGCCAUAGCAGUCAAUUUCUUAGUCAAACCGCAGCUCGCACGGCGAGCAUUACGCCAAGAUUUCAAAAGAAUCACUGAUCUGCAAGAAAACAUCCUAACAGUGAUAACCCGAAGUUUUUUGUCGGGACAGGAAAGCGAUGUGAGAGGUGCCUCGUUUACAUCACUGACCAGUCGAUAUAGAAGCACAUUCAAUUCGAUGGUCAAGGAUCUUCGGGAAGCAAAGUUCGAACACUAUAUUCAAGGCACUGAAAGCAUCCAUAAAGCAGAAAAGAAGCUCGUGAAAUGCAUUGAAAGACUUGGACAAAGUUUGACUGGUCUGAGAUCUGCGGCCGAGACUCAGUUCGAGCUUUUAAGCAGGUCGCAUCAGGGAACUAACACACCGGUUCCUCAAGAGCUCGAAACAGUAUCUAACUCACCGUCAAUCUUACGUCUUGAUUUGGAUCAUAUCAAGCAUCUUCAACCCAUUACAGAGGAGCCGGAAGACGUAGAAUGUAGCGCCUUCGCAGAAACUUCUCGUCUAGCGCGAACAAUUGUGGAGCCACAGACUUCUUCUGGGCCAUCAGAGAUCUUCUCUUUGUUUAUUAGGGAACUCGGACCAUCCAUGAAAUCGCUUGCCUUCACAUUGAAGGGUGUUCUGAACGAACUACCCUUUGAACCAGGCUCAGAACAUACCAUAACAGUCAAUAACAACUUUCGGCGAAGUUUACUUGAUGCGAAGCAACUAUUUUCUGAAGCAAGGCAAAAGGCUCUUGAAAGCUUGUACAGAUCGCGAGCCAUAGCAAGUGCGCAGUCACCAGAAGAAGCUGCCGACUACGAAGAAGUUGCCGCAAGCUGUGGACAUUUCAGCUCUUCUCUUCAGGACUUUGCUGAAGAUACCAUCGUCUAUCUCGAUAUUCUAGAAGAGCUCGAUGCUAUAGUUGACGAAAAUCACAGGUCUUGGACUUGGUUAUAUUCAUGGCAUAAAUGGAGAUGGAUACCAAGCAAUUUACGAUCCGCGGACCCAAUUCCGGAAAUGAGACUUCAAGAGGAGACAGCAGCUCGUCGCAUGUCAAUGGCCUUGCCAACACCCAGACAAGAAAUCUCGCCUGGCUUAAGAACAAAAAAUGGGCAGCUAAGGACCUUCUGGUACGAAAUUAUGUGGAGAAUGUUCAGCUUUUUGAGGAGGGAGGACAUACGCUUCGCGCUGAAGGUUGGAAUAGGCGCUCUUUUAUAUGCCAUGUUUUCAUUCAUUCCAGAAACACAGCCUAUUUAUUCUCAUUGGCGUGGUGAGUGGGGUCUUUUGUCUUAUAUGCUGGUAUGUAGCAUGACUAUCGGCGCCUCAAACACCACAGGUUUACAACGCUUUCUCGGUACAUGUCUCGGUGCUCUCCUUGCUGUUACUACCUGGAUCAUUAGCAACAAGAAUCCUUGGCUGCUUUGUUUUCUAGGAUGGAUAGUUUCCCUCGGCUGUUUUUAUAUCAUUGUUGGACGUGGUAAAGGGCCUAUGGGCCGAUUUAUCAUGCUCACGUACAACUUGUCUGCGCUUUAUGCCUACAGCUUAAGUGUUCGAGAUGAUGACGACGACGAUGACGAGGGCGGUAUCAGUCCUGUGAUUUGGGAGAUUGUUCUCCACCGUGUAGCUGCUGUCCUCGUUGGCUGUUUAUGGGGUCUCAUAAUUACCAGAAUCAUCUACCCUAUCAGUGCUCGAAAGAAGCUCAAGCAAGGCAUAGCACUCUUAUGGUUACGGAUGGGUCUCAUCUGGAAAAGAGAUCCUCUUUCGAUUCUGAUCGAUCACGAUGAAGAGAGAAAUCAAUAUAUGGAUAUACGCGAGUCGCUUGAGUUGCAGAGAUUUCUCGGGCAUCUAGAAGGCCUGAGGGAAUCUGCAUCACAUGAGUUCGAACUCAGAGGUCCAUUUCCGAAUGAUUUAAUGAAGAAAAUCCUAGAAGCCACGAGACGUGUGAUGGGUGCAUUCAUUGCAAUGAACACAAUUAUUGUUAAGGAUUUGAAAGCUAGUCCAGGUGAGGCGGAGCUACUGAGAUACGCGAAGGAUGAACGUACGCGACUUUCGGCCGGAGUCUGCCAUUUAUUCUCUGUCCUCGCCUCGUCCAUGCAACUUGCGUACCCUAUCACCGAUGCUGUACCUAGCAUUGAACCUUCCCGCGAUCAAUUCUUGGCAAAACUUUUUGAAUUCAGAAAGAAUACGCUUGGCAAAAAUAUUGCAAGUGACGAAGAUUAUGAGCUUCUGUACGCCUACGCACUUGUCACUGGCCAAUUAUCGUCAGAAAUCGAUAAAAUAGCUGGCUUACUCGAGGAGUUGUACGGUAUCAUGGAUGAGGAGAGUUUACGGCUUCGAUAACUUAGGAAUGUGUUGAUGUGAUCAACAUCUCAAGGGGGUGUUGUACUUCUUGCAGGGAGAUGCUGGCUCUAGUUCAAAGUUUGCGAUGAAUCACAUAUUCGAUGUUUUCUAAUGAUGGCUACCAUGCACUUAAGAGGGCCGCUUAGAGUCCAUGGUGGCAGAUGUUUGACUGCAUUGGAAAAUCAUAAUCAGAUUGUAUUUUGUCCAGCGUAUACGAUAUGGGUAGUAAAAUAGUCCUUUGUAAGACAUCACAAGCCCUCCAUCACUUUUACAUAUGGCCAAACUUAC